CGCGCGCCGCAGCAAUGGCCGCAGUUUCACGGGCCGAUUGUAGCCAACCUCACGUCUCUUCGCGUAAACUAACUUAACGUAAGCCGCGAUCGCGUAGUCGUGUGAGUUACCAAUUGUUUCGACGUACUUAAGUUUGUCUCAUCGGCGCACACUAGAUAGUGGUCGGUUUUAAUGUUAUCUGGUGAUAUCGGCGCGUGUUUGUUAUUCUGCUUUGAUAGUGAAUGUGAAAUUUUGUGCAAAAGAAUAAGUGUGUUUUGUGUUGCUUUUUGUGUAUUGUGUUAUGUUAUCGAAAUCGGUUCAGUUGGAAGAGGAAACAACAGGUCGCUAGGGGAUAGUUUUGAAAAUUGACCUCGGAAAGGUCGCGCGCGUAUUCUGUCUAUAUCACAACCGGAAUCUGAAGAAGUCGUCCAAACCAAGCAAAAAAGUAAACAUGUCCAACAAGGUGGUCAAACAUGACAACGUCAGUUCUUCAGCCAACGUCCUUAUGUGCAAGCAGUGGUGGAAAGUGUGCUGGAUGUAUGGAGACCAGGAGAAAUACUACAGACAAUUGUACGGGAAGAAGAAACAGCAACAGGACAGUAUCAAAAUUGACCGGAAGUACAAAAAAACUGAAGAUAUUUUGCCAGAAAGAGUGUACGAAAACUCGUUGCUUAGAGAUCUAGUGGAUGACAAUAAUCAUGUGGAUUUCUGCGUUUCUUCGAAUAGUUCAUCACAAGAGAGAAGUGUCCUUAAAGUGUCGGAUUACCUGAAGGAACUACCGAAGAACAAUGAAAAUAUUUCGCAGAAAACCUUCACUCCCAUAAGAGAAUUUAACAACUUCGGACACUAUGAUGGAACAGACGAAACUGUAUGUAAAACGUGUACCACGAAUCCUCCAAACAGCAUGACCUCAAAUGAGGGUGGACUGAACGCCCCCCUCUCACCGCCUGCCUUACCGUCUCCAGGCGGCAAACUUCCACUGUUAGAUCCUGCAGACCGCCUACUGGGCAAGGGAUCUCCUUUCUCACCUGCAACGGUAGAUCCACAGCGGCAUUCACAAUCGGACGACGAUUCGGGAUGUGCCCUGGAAGAAUACACCUGGGUACCUCCAGGCCUUAGGCCUGAUCAGGUGCAUUUAUACUUCUCGGCAUUGCCAGAAGACAAAGUUCCUUACGUAAACUCGGUAGGCGAAAGGUAUCGUGUCCGACAGCUCCUCCAACAGCUUCCACCUCACGACAACGAAGUUCGCUAUUGUCAUGCACUCACGGACGAAGAACGGAAGGAGCUCAGGCUCUUUUCCGCACAACGGAAACGGGAAGCCCUUGGUCGAGGGGUUGUCAAACAACUUCCGGCAUCCAUGACUUGUGACGCGUGUGAAGAAGCCUUAUCAACUGGAGAUAUUUCGGUUUUUGCUUCACGGGCUGGCCCCAACACCUGUUGGCACCCUUCUUGCUUCUGUUGCUGCGUUUGCAGGGAACUUCUGGUGGACCUCAUCUAUUUUUUUAAAGAUGGUCGUCUCUACUGUGGAAGACAUCACGCAGAAACUAUUAAACCAAGAUGUUCUGCUUGUGACGAAAUUAUUCUCGCCGAUGAAUGUACAGAAGCUGAAGGACGUGCGUGGCAUAUGAAACAUUUUGCGUGUUCAGAAUGCGAAAGACAACUAGGAGGUCAACGGUAUAUAAUGAGAGAUGGGAGGCCGUAUUGUCUUCACUGCUUCGAUGCCAUGUUUGCGGAAUAUUGCGAUUCUUGUGGGGAACCCAUAGGGGUCGAUCAAGGUCAGAUGAGCCACGAAGGUCAACACUGGCACGCCACAGAAGUUUGUUUUUGCUGCCAUACAUGUCGAACAUCCCUCCUAGGGCGCCCUUUUCUUCCCAGAAGAGGAGCCAUUUAUUGUUCAAUAGCUUGCAGCAAAGGAGAGCCUCCAACACCCUCGGACAGCUCUGGUGCUGGUCCAAGACUUCCAAGACAACAACCAAGAUGCAGACCUCCUAGAGCACCUUCUCCAAACGGUUCCAGCACUCCACCAGCUUCUCCAUGUAGGAGAGCUCCAGUUUCUCCCACAAUGUCUUCUCCUUCCUCACCACCGGGAUCUUUAUCUUGUCCACAAUCAUAUUCGCGACCUAACUUACCGAAAUCGUCUCCACCUUUAAGAUCUCCUAAAAUGGGAAGAAGGGCCUUGCAAAGAUCUCCGAAACCUACUCAUAUUGCUUCAACAGCUACCACGCCAACCCCAAGCGAAAGCAGUCACGUCCCAGAAACUCUUCAGCCACAUUUAGAAGACAAUUCGAAUAAAAAUAUUCACACGUCUUCUCAUAAUGUAAGAGGUUUAGACAGGGUGCUUUUGGAACGAAAUUUGGACAAACUUAUUUGUGAAAAAGGCAAUCAAGAACCUUCUUCGGACUUGGAAAGAUUGCUUCAGGCUAGGGACCGUAGCAGAGAACCUCUACAUCUCGCCGAUCUGAGUCUAGACGAUUGGCAACCCCGAACAACCAUGAACGAUGCAAUUGAAAAGUCCGACUCAAAAACGGAGAGCAGUUCUUCCGAAAGGGAUCGAGAAAAUAACGUGUAUCAAUCGUUUCCUCAACAGACCUCUUCAAUGCCCGAACUUCCCCAUGCAGUUUCUACAGAUACAACACCUGGGGACUCUUCAAAUCCUCCUGGGUCACCUUCAAAGAGAAGCAAGGCAAUGCUAAGUGUAAGAUUCCAAGGAGAUAACGAAGCUUUUGAAGCAGAUGAAUGCGACGUUAUGGAUUCAGAAGUAAAAAGGUUUCCCAGGAGUCGAAGUUACGCAGGAAGAACUAGAUAUCACGAUAGUUUAGAUAAAAGAAGGCCUCGCAAAACGACCUCAGAAAGCCAAGUGGCUAGCACCAGUAAACAAGAAGACGACGAUGCUUCAAGUUAUUGCUCAACUUGUUCUUCCAGCUCUUCUAGUGACGAUUUAGAUUACCAGUUGCCUCCAAGAAGGGCAUACGGAGGCGUACGAAUUUCUUAUGUUCCUAAUGAUGCCUUAGCGUGUGCUAGAAGGCGACAACAAGCAGUGGCAGGACAAAGGUCACCAAGUAAAAAGACAACAAUCGACGACAAAGACAAGAACUGCACGAUUUCAUGAUGUUUGUCUUGUUGUUUUUGUCUGACAAAUGCCUUCCAAUUUUUCAGAUGCCAAAAAUGUUGUCAUUGCGAUGUAUUCAGGGUAUGCGACACUUCUUAGCCAUCUCAUACGUAUAAAAAGCCUGACGAUAAUAUGCCUUUAUACACAUACAUACAUUAAUAUUAACCAGAUAGCGCUUAAAGAAAUGUACGUGUCAUAGAAUUUUUUACUUUUAUACUAUUUACUUAGUACUCGACAUGAUAAAUUGAUGGAUGGAAGAAGCCUGUGUUCUUUAAUUAUUAAGAUGCUACGCCAGGUACAAAAAACUUUACUUUUAAUGGUUACGAUUUUUAGCUCAAACUGUAG